AUGGAUGCCACGACUUUUGCCCUGGUCUAUGGCUAUCCCUUGGUGGCCUAUGAGAAGUUGGCCACGGCCAUAACAAGCGUUGCUGGCAUCAAUAACUUCCGACACUACCGAACUUUGAAAAUGCCCGAGCAUCGAAUGGUGGUGCGAACAAAUUGUGACACACUGUAUUCCACAUGCAUUCUGGACCUGAGCCACAACGAUGUUAUUUUGACGAUACCGGAGCUUGAUCCAAAUCAGUUCGCCUUAUUCUCGUUCUACGAUCCGUACGGGGACAAUAUCGCCAAUCUUCGAGGGGGCGGCUUCAACAACCCAGGACAAUACCGUAUUCGACUGCGUCCAACUUCUACCGAUCAAUAUGGUAUCGACCACAAUGAUGUAGAAGAACCAUAUCAAGCAUACAUUAAUCUUCCAACCAUCCAUGGAGUCCUUUCCAUCCGGUGGGGUGUUAAGGCCUUUGAUGUCGAGACGGUACAAAGGUGUCAAGACAUGGUACAGCUCGAGAUGGUCAGCCACUCUGACGGAGCUACGCAUGCACCAACUGUUCAGCAGGUCCUUGAGACCGUAGGAGCUUCGACCGGCAGUACUGCGUAUCCAACAACACCCGAGUGGAUCCUCGAACUCCUAGCAAAGUUCGCACCUUUUAAUGGACCAGAGCUCGUCUCUGAAAAGGGUCGCGUCGGGUAUAUGUUGUCGGAGGCAGGAAUUUCGAACGGCACUUAUAAUACACCUCAGUCUACCGUGGACCUUGCCGGAGCAUACAAAGCCGCCCUGGAUUGUAUCGCCAAAUCUUACGCUGCGCCUGGAGUCGUCCAAACAUUGAAUAAUGGUUGGACCAGAACUGCGAGCCAAUAUUCCGGUGACUACGGCACCAACUACGGCAUUCGCGCGAUCAUCGCGGAGACCGGAUACUUGAUGCUGAAGUCACCACUUGCGUUUUAUCCGUCUUGGGGAGAUCCAGCUGAUGGAAUGACGGAUUCUCUAAGCGGGUAUACAUUGCCUCUAGGCCCUCGUGAAGCAUACAUCUACGACUUUGUUGGCGGCAAGCCCCCCAUCGUCGCACCAGGGUUCUGGAGCUUGACAUGCUACGAUGAGAUGGGAUACUUGAUCUUCAACCAAGAGAACGUUUAUUGUCUGGGAAAUCAACACAAGCUGACAUAUCCUGACGGAACUCUGGUUUACGGCGGAGAAGACAAGGCUGACACGGAGCCCCGGUCAUUCCAACUUCUCAUUCAGCCAGUCGAUGUUCCGCCACCUGCAAAGUGGAAGAGUAACUGGAUACCAGCUCCUCGUGGCGGAGGUCGGAUAUCACCGAUGCUUCGCUUCUUUAACGCUUCUGAGGAACUAGAGAAAGGCCAUUAUACUUACCCGAUCGUCAGGAAACAGGCUGCGAUUCCAGCCGACUAA